CUCCAACGACUUCGUGAAACUCAAGGGAGAAAUUAAUUUCUUCGGAGUUUAUCCAGAUGGAAGGGAACGACUCUGGCGGAGCGCCGAACUGGGAAUCCAAUUCCUUGCCGCUCCGCCUUCUGAGUAGUUCGACAAAUGCCCGUAAGGCUGAGUUGCACACUCUUCAGGAACGAAUUUCUCACCAAGAUAUCCCUCAAAAGUCGUUCUCUCUGAUAUUAGCAAGCUUGUUCGAGACAUAUCCCUUGUACAUUGAUCGAGCUUCACGGCAAGCGGUACAACAGUGUUUGUUGGCAAUUGUUAACUCUGGUAUAAAAUCGGGUCUCGAUUUAUCGCCACUCAUAAAGUUGAUCAAGGAUGAGGCGGCGAAAUCUACAAUAGCGCCCACACAUGCAUUCGUGCUGGUGGAAUGGUGUUCGCUCCUCUUGCAACGGUUUUCCACCGAAAGCUCGUUAUGGGAGAAAUGGGGACUCGACCUGCUUCUCGCCGAUUCUCAGUUGCUCGAACUGUGUCAAACGCCGAGGACAAGGAAUAGCGUAAAGCACUCUGCAUUAGUCGUAACUCGGCGAGCGCUUCGGAAAGUCUUCACAACUGGUGCACUGGGAGAGAGUGCGAUAAAAGAUUCUGUUGGUAGACUUACGGCUAAGGCCCCGGCACCGGUUUUGAAGAAUGCGAUAUUUCUCGGAGUAAUUGCAGGCGUAUGCGCUCGCAUUGAAAAGCUAAAACCAGUACUUUACGAGCUCCGCAAAGAUUUCUAUUCGUUCUAUGCGCGGGAAUUCCUUGGAUCCCGAGGACUUGUACCUGAGCAUAUCGCGGAUGGGCUCCAUGACUUCUUUGCGGCAUUCGCCACGAAGCAGGACCUAAAAGAGAAUCUUAUACCAUCUAUCGAAAAGGCCCUCUUAAGAGCCCCGGAGGUUGUACUCAAUGGCCUGAUAACACCACUGAUUCGCAGUUUGCCGGCUGACGUUGACCUAUCCGACAUCUUGGAAGGCAAUCUUCUAAAAGCCUUGCUCUCAAACGUCAAGUCAUCCAAUCCAAACAUCAGAGCGGGUGUACUUUCAGCAUUUGAACUCCUUGUUUCUCGAUGCCAUGAAGAGAAAUGUCUUGUGGCUGUCACAAACGAGAUUCUGGGACCGCUCAAAAGCUCUAAGCUUCCAUCCGCCGAGCACAGGGUUCUGCACGCGCAAAUGAUUUCUACUAUUCCAACUUGCCAAGCUUUGGCAGAAACCGUUCCUGCGACUCUUGCACCGGUGGCGACGAAGGAGCCAAAUGAAGCCGCCAUCUCGGCUGAAGCGGCUGCUAUUAGCAAACAUUUCAGGUAUGCACUUUCUGAACAAUUGAAGGUCGAGCGAUCCGUCACGGAUGUGUUCAUCAAGGGUAUCGGGGACAAGAGAGGCUCGGUCCGCCGAGGCUGGACCUUGAGAGUUGGAGAGAUAAUAUGGUCUCUAAGGGAGCAUGAUUUUGGGAACACGGAAACCAUAUCUUUCCUCCAGGCCACUCUACCUAAAAUGCUUGACAUAUUCAAGGAGGUUGUAGCGAACCCACUUUCCGCUGCACAAAAUGGUCUCAUUACCAUUGCAUAUGUCGUUACCGCGUUGUAUGCUUCGAAGUUGCGCCUCAUCAAAGACGGUGCUCUCAGCGAUCUCUUUGAGAAAGCGAGCAUUGUGAAACAAUCAUUAGCCCUGGAACCAAAGCCUUCUUUUCUCCUGUAUCAUCGAAUCUACACAAAAUUAGCAAGUGAGGAAGAUACAAUCUGGGCUAUCAGGAGCCUCGCUGCACUUUAUGACGAUCUGCCAUCUACCAAGAGAGAAAAUUCAACGCUCCAGUCUUGGGCUUUGGCCUUCAUAUACUUUGUUUGCGCUGCCUCUAUCCCUCCUGCUAUUCGGCGCGAGGCUACUCACGCUCUCACUUUAGUGUAUGUAAAGCGACCCGAAGUCGUUGGGCCUGCUAUCAUUUCCGGUCUUUGGCUUUGGAACCGACAGGUUUCUUUGGACGAUAAGGAUAGCCCAGCAACGAGUGCCAAGACGGGAAUAAGCCAGUUAUUACUCGUUAUUCGAUCCAUUUGCCCGUCUAAGCAAGAGGUGGAGAAGCUUAGCGGGAAGGUGGAGAAAAAUAUCCUUGAAGAUCAGCUCUUAGCUCUUCAGGUCCUUUGUCGUCCUGAGCUCAUCCCUAGCGCAUCAUGGAUUGAAGUAUGCUUGAGGACGGGAAUGGACCCUGGCACUUUGGUCAACGAGCGCCCUCUGGAAUAUCUCGACGCCAUUGAAAGAGUAUACCAGGAUCAUUUCGAUUCCUACGGAGGAACUAUCAACCAUGCUGGUUAUAAAGCAAGCGCUGAGCUGGCUUUUGUCGCUCCAGAUGUAAUAACGCCUUUGCUUAAGGAUCGCGUAGCCUCCUAUGUCGAUCCUCAAUUGCUUCAAGAUAUCGGACCAACUGAAGCUGCCAUUUUCCGCACUCCGGAGGGGACGACUUUCAUCGAUCCCCUUGCGAAGAAGGGACAGAGCAUUGUACCUGACAAGAAUGUCAAGGACUAUGAUAUCAUGAAAUGGGAAGAGGAGCUCCGAACCCAGCUUGCCCAGAAAGCGGGUGCGCAGAAGAAGCUUACUGCUGAGGAACGCGCCAAAGUCAAUGCUCAAUUGGACAAAGAAGCUGAAAUUCGCAAAAGUGUCGCUCAUGCACAGGCGACGCUAAGACGUGGUGCAGGUCUCGUGGAAGCUCUGGCAACGGGACCGCCCACUGAUGCUGAGGCAUGGAUGGGAGAAGCGGUCAAAGACCUGCUUGGAGUCAUUGAAGCCGGCGCUGGACUGAUUCUUGGGGACACCGCGGCAAACGCGUAUGUCGCUUGUGCCUCUCUGGUCUCCUCUCGACUAGGCGUAUUGAGGCCUUUCUUCGGCAUUGCCACUUUACGAGCACUUGGAUCAUCCACUUCAAAGCCGGAAUUGGAGCAGGAGCCCCUGGGCGACUUGAUUACCAGGCUGCUUUAUCGACUUCGAUUUGCUGGCGAACAACGGCCUUUUGACACUAUAUCCCUCAUCUAUUUGCUUCCUCUCAUCUUCGUUGUGAUCAAACACGGCGGCGUUGGUAGAACAAAUGCGGAAGAUGGAGACGAGCAAGUCGUGCUCGCACUUGAGUUCAUUUCCUUUCACACGGACGCUUUUUCUCGGCAAUCUCUUCAAAGAAAUGAACUACUCUCCAGUCUGAUUUUUGCGAUGCAAAAAUAUACGCAGCAUUACAGGCUUGUGAAGGAUUGCUUGACAGACAGUUGCAGGUUUUUGGCCCCAAAUAUAGCGGAGCCAGAACUACAGAUUGUACUUCGUGGUGUCAUACUUCCAGAAAUACCCGUCAGGACUGCCCUGUUGCAAGCGAUUCAUUCCGAACUUGACCUUACCGAUUUUGAAUUUUCAGAGGAAAUUUGGCUUGCAUAUCAUGACGACGUCUCCGAAAAUAGAGAACUGGCUCAAGCCAUUUGGGCCGAGAAUGGACUAGAAGUCGACCAGCGGUCCGGCAUCAAAAUGAUCCCUUAUCUUCGGAAUGUCGACAAACAGCUCAGGAGAGCCGCUUCCAGAGCUCUUGCCCAUGCUGUCGAAUUAAACCCCUCUUCAUGUGCCGAGAUACUAGCGCGCUUAGAGGACGAGUACCGAGAAGCAGCCAAACCUCGGGUGCCUGAACUAGAUCGAUAUGGCAUGCCUAAAAGGAUGGAUUUGUCUGAUCCAUGGGAAGCAAGGCAUGGCAUUGCAUUAGCCUUCAAAGAACUCGCAACAAGUUUUGAUACUGCUCAACUUGUAUCAUUCGUUCAGUUCCUCAUUGAGAAUGGACCUUUAGGGGACCGAAGCUCAAUCGUUCGACAAGCAAUGAUUGAUGCUGCAAUAGCUAUAAUAGGAGCCCACGGUCAUACCAAGCUCGAGGAACUGAUGAAAAUUUUUGAGACCACUCUGGCUGCUCCUGACAAGGGCUCUGAGAUGGAUACCGUCAACGAGGCGGUCAUCAUCUUAUAUGGUGCUUUGGCCGGUCAUCUCAAACGAGGAGACGAGCGCAUACCGAAGGUUACCCACCGACUGCUUGCUACGUUGAGCACGCCGUCUGAGACUGUUCAAUAUGCAGUGGCGGAGUGCUUGCCACCCCUAAUCCGCGCCUCCACCUCUGACAUUCCGAAUUAUAUUCAGCAAAUGUUGGAUGACCUAUUUCAUUCGAAAAAGUAUGCCACACGUAGAGGUGCAGCUUAUGGUCUAGCUGGCAUUGUCCGCGGUCGAGGAAUUUCUGCCUUGCGUGAGUUCCGAAUCAUGGCAACUUUGAAAAGCGCCACAGAAAACAAAAAAGAUCCGAACUACCGUCAAGGCGCUUUAUUUGCAUAUGAAUUACUUUCUCUGGUCCUUGGGAGGAUGUUUGAACCUUAUACAAUCCAGAUCGUUCCGAAUCUGCUUUCGGGCUUCGGCGACAGCACCGCAGACGUUCGGGAAGCAUGCCUUGACGCCGCAAAGACCUGCUUCGCAAGCCUUAGCUCCUAUGGUGUUAAGCAAAUUCUGCCGACGCUCCUCGACGGCCUCGACGACCAGCAAUGGCGAAGCAAAAAAGGCGCUUGCGAUCUGUUGGGUGCGAUGGCAUAUUUGGAUCCUCAACAGCUGGCUCAGAGUUUGCCUGAUAUUAUCCCUCCACUUACAGACGUACUCAAUGACAGCCAUAAAGAAGUUCGUGCUUCAGCCAACCGAAGCUUGCAGAGAUUCGGAGAGGUCAUCACAAGUCCAGAAAUUAAAGGCGUUGUCAACAUUUUGCUCAAAGCACUUAGUGAUCCUACUAAAUUCACUGAUGAUGCUCUUGAUGCUUUAAUCAAGGUUUCUUUUGUACACUACAUUGAUGCACCUUCGCUUGCGCUAGUUGUACGAAUUCUUGAACGUGGCCUUGGUGACCGUUCCGCAACAAAACGGAAGUCAUCCCAGAUUAUUGGCAGUUUGGCGCAUCUGACCGAGCGAAAGGAUCUUGUUGCCCAUCUACCCAUCCUUGUUGCUGGGUUAAAGAUCGCGGUCAUAGACCCUGUGCCGACAACCCGCGCCACCGCUUCAAAAGCUUUCGGUUCCCUUAUGGAGAAAUUGGGCGAGGAUGCUUUGCCUGAUCUCAUUCCGGACCUCAUGACAACCUUGAAGUCAGACACAGGUGCCGGCGAUCGUCUUGGAUCCGCUCAAGCUCUUAGUGAAGUGCUCGCUGGACUCGGCACGAGUCGUUUGGAAGAGACUCUGCCCACUAUCCUCCAGAACGUUUCGAGCUCCAAGCCGGCCGUUCGGGAAGGAUUCAUGUCUCUGUUUAUCUUCUUGCCUGCAUGCUUUGGAAACAGCUUUUCCGCAUAUCUCAAUCGCAUUAUUCCCCCGAUUCUGGCUGGAUUGGCAGAUGAGGUUGACUCUAUUCGGGAGACAUCCCUUCGCGCUGGCCGGCUACUAGUUAAGAACUUCGCGACUCGUUCAAUUGACCUUCUUCUUCCUGAGCUGGAGCGCGGCUUGGCUGAUGAUAGUUACCGCAUCCGUUUGAGUUCAGUAGAGCUGGUGGGUGACCUUUUGUUCAGCUUGACCGGCAUUACUGCUACUGGGGAACAAGAAGAGGACGAAGAGAAGGCCCUCGAGGCUGGACACUCCCUCUUGGAGGUCCUUGGAGAAGAGAAGCGCAACAAGGUUCUGUCAUCGCUCUACAUCUGCCGCUGCGACACUUCUGGCUUGGUUCGUACAGCCGCUGUCAAUGUUUGGAAAGCCCUUGUGGCCUCUCCGAGAAUCUUGAAGGAGCUUAUCCCCACUUUGACCCAACUAAUCAUUCGUCGGUUGGCGAGCUCCAAUAUGGAACACAAAGUGAUAGCAGGAAAUGCACUCGGCGAGCUUAUACGAAAGGCUGGCGAGGGUGUCUUGGCUACACUGCUGCCAUACCUCGAGGAGGGCCUCCAAACCUCUACCGACGCGGAUGCGAGGCAAGGAAUUUGUAUCGCGUUGCGAGAGCUUAUUGCAUCUGCCUCACCAGAGGCAAUUGAAGAUUAUGAAAAGACGCUUAUCUCCAUUGUUCGAACUGCUCUCGUCGAUACUGACGAGGAUGUUAGAGAAGCAGCUGCGGAGGCAUUUGAUUCCCUUCAAAAGAUUAUUGGCAAGAAAGCCGUGGAUCAGGUUCUGCCUCAUCUCCUCAGCCUUUUACGGACGGAAGGCGAGGCCGACAAUGCACUUUCCGCUCUUCUGACUUUGCUUACGGAGAACACCCGCGCAAACAUCAUCUUGCCGAUACUCAUUCCAACCUUACUGACAUCGCCAAUUUCUGCAUUCAAUGCCAAGGCCGUUGCUUCCUUAUCUCAGGUAGCCAGUGGAGCUCUAACGCGAAGACUGCCAAAUAUAAUAAACUCAUUAUUGGACAAUAUUGUUGAUUGCCAAAAUGAGGAGCUCCGCACUGAGCUUGAUGGCUCCUUCGACACGGUGCUUUUAUCCGUUGACGAGUACGAAGGGCUCAAUACGACAAUGAGUGUCAUGCUCGGACUAGUUAAACAUGAUGACCAUCGCAAGAGAGCCUCGGCGGAUCUUCAUCUUGCCAAAUUUUUUACCGAAACUCAAGUUGAUUACUCCCGCUACUAUCCUGAUCUUAUCCGCGUCCUCCUCCUGUCUUUUGAUGAUCAUGAUAUGGAAGUGGUAAAGGCAGCUUGGACAGCUCUAAGCGCCUUAACCAAAAAGCUUCGCAAAGAGGAAAUGGAGUCUUUGGUAUUCUCUUCUCGGCAGACCCUCCAGCAAGUCGGUGUUCCGGGCGCCAAUCUUACUGGAUUCUCCCUUCCCAAGGGUAUCAACGCAAUCCUUCCGAUUUUCUUGCAAGGCUUGAUGAAUGGUACGACCGAGCAGAGAGUCCAGUCUGCUCUGGCCAUCUCGGAUCUUGUAGCACGAACAAGCGAGGAUUCAUUGAAGCCGUUCGUGACGCAGAUCACUGGUCCAUUGAUCCGUGUCGUUUCUGAGCGAUCAGUAGAUGUCAAAUCUGCCAUUCUGUUUACGCUCAACAAUCUAUUGGAGAAGAUCCCAACGUUCUUGAAGCCCUUCCUUCCACAGCUUCAGAGAACAUUUGCCAAAUCACUGGCAGACGCUUCGAGUGAAGACCUCCGGAAUCGUGCUGCGAAAGCCUUGGGUACUCUAAUCACAUUGACACCGAGGAUAGAUCCUCUUAUUGCUGAACUUGUUGCUGGAUCCAAAACCCCUGAUCCUGGUGUCAAGAACGCUAUGCUCAAGGCACUUUAUGAGGUAGUCAGCAAGGCUGGAGCCAAUAUGAGCGAAGCAUCGCGAAACGCAAUCUUUGGCUUAAUUGACACGGAGAUCGAUGAAAGUGAUGAUGCUAUGGCGAUUACCAAUGCUCGUCUCUUGGGUGCAAUCAUCAAGAAUCUCCCGGAGGAACUAGCUGGCAGUCUGAUAAAGAAUCGGAUCCUCUUGGUUCACCACAACAAAGCUUCAGUGCUUGGGCUGAAUUCGAUUCUUGCAGAGUCGCCUCUGACCUUGGCACCAUUUACAGAAGAGGUUGUUGGGUUCAUCUGUCAGGGUAUAAGCAACGGCAAUGCCUAUAUCACCGAGGGCUGCAUUCUUGCUGCUGGAAAAUAUCUUCUUAGUGAGAGCGGAGACAAGAGCUUUGAGACUACGAAGUCUAUAUUCGAAGUUCUCGCGCCAAUAAUUAAACCUGGCAGUCCGGCGGAUGCCAGGCGGCUUGCUUUAGUCGUCCUUCGCACAGUGAGCCGCAUGGACAACGAGCUUGUCCGCCCCCACCUAGCGUUGCUUGCACCACCUACAUUUGCUAGCGUUCGUGACAUGGUCAUUCCCGUUAAGCUUUCUGCGGAGGCGGCGUUCUUAGCUCUCUUCUCUGUGGUCGAUGAUGAGAGCGCUGUUUUCGACAAGUACAUGGCGGGAGCAGGCGCAGAGCUUCCACCCAACGUGAAACGCAGCAUGGGUGACUACUUCAAGCGCGUUGCCAUCAGGCUUGGGAACCAGGCCAGAGAAAGGAAGGAGGCCGAAGGUGGACAUGGUGGCCUAGGCUUAUCCGCGGAUGAGCUGGAGGAUGAGAGAGAGAUUUGGAGCGUAGGCAGAGUCGACCUAGGGGGUGACCUGGGCUUUGGUGAUGCCUGAGUACUUCAAAGGCGAUACGUGUCUACAGUGCAUAGUUUUGGUUACCUCAAAAGAUUACACCUUGACGUUUAUUGUACUGCAUAGGUAGCAUCUUUCAGAAAGCCGUCAGGCAAUAGUGCAUAAAAGCUAGUGACGUCAAUAGCACUCUUCGUACAGAGU